UGAACGCACCUCCCUCUUCCCGGGCGGCUCUUCUACUUUUGGUCGCACACUGAGGCGGAGCUGUGAGUCUAAGCAGUCCUCGGGUCAGGCCCUCCGCCGUCUGAUAGCAGGAGUCUCAGUGAGGAUUUACACAAAGUGUGAGGACCGACUCAGACUGUGACUCGUGAGUGUAGGUGGACCACAGAGUGGGACAAGCACGAGCACCGUUUCCCACGGACUAAUCUCCCCAAGAGGGCGGGGGUUGGGUGCUUUUUUUUGAAGGGGUACCACACACACACACACACGCACACACACCGCUCCCCCAGCAGCAUCCUGCACAGGUCUUGUAGUCAUUCCCACUUUAAACUAGAGACGCAUUUCAGCAGCGUAAAGGCGAGUGGAGCCUGAACCAUGCCGAGCAAACGCCAGUAUCUGCGCCCGCGGCUGUGCACGCUGGAGAAGGGGGACAACGGCUACGGCUUCCACCUCCACGGGGAGAAAGGUAAGACGGGCCAGUUCAUCCGGUUAGUGGAGCCCGACAGCCCGGCAGAAACGUCCGGGCUCCACGCCGGAGACCGGCUGGUGUUCGUGAACGCGGAGGACGUGGAGAACGAGAGCCACCAGCAGGUCGUGUCCCGGAUACGAGCCACCGUGGGCUGGCUGGAGCUCGUGGUGGUGGACCCGGACACCGAGCAGCUGCUGAAGAAACACAACAUGAAGUGUCUGAAGGAGUAUGUCGCCGACGGCGUCCCGCUACCUUUCGACGAGGAGGAGGAGGAGGUGGUGGUGGUGGUGGAGGAGGACGGGGACGGGACGGCAAACGGGGAUGGGGUGAAGGAGGAGGAGGAGAGGGACGGGACACCCAGGGAGUCCACGCCAGUCCCGGAGAAGAACGGAGAAAUCCACGUGCACGUGGAGAAAAAGCUGAGCAUCAACUCCGUGAAGGAGGUGUUGUGCACUGAGCUGCGGCCACGGCUCUGCGUGAUCCGGCGAGGGCCGAGCGGAUAUGGCUUCAACCUGCACAGCGAGCGGUCGCGGCCGGGCCAGUACAUCAGAGCGGUGGACGAAGACUCUCCAGCAGAGAGGGCAGGUCUGCUGUCCAAGGACAGGAUAAUCCAGGUGAACAGUCUGUCAGUAGAAGGGAAGACGCAUUCAGAGGUCGUGGCCGCCAUUAAAGCCGGUGGGAAGGAGGUCCGUCUGCUGGUGGUGGACCCCGACACAGACACCUUCUUCAGGAGGUGCAGAGUGGCCCCUGCCUUGGACCACCUCUCUGGUCCGCUGCCUGAGCCGGUCAUUAAUGGAGGAAUGGACGAGAAGGUGAAUGGUAGAGGGGCCAAAGAGGCAGAGAGGGACUCAAAGCUGUCCGUCAGUCCUUCUCCGUCCAACGCCUCGUCCAACGCCUCGUUCACAACCCCGCCCACCAACACCCCACCUGAGGGUUUUAUCGCGGACGGCAUCCCAGCGCUCAACAUGUCCCUGCAGCAGGUGAAAGAGCUCGCCCACCAGAAACGCUCCAACAAGAGAGCCCCCCCCAUGGACUGGACCAAGAAGAACGAGCUGUUCAGUAACCUAUAGGGCCCCUCAGCCCCCCUCACACACCUGCUAGAGGGAUUCUCACAAAGAGACGUCAGAAAGACAUUAAAAGAGCAGAUUAACUAUCGGCAUCAGACAAAUCAAGAAGUUCUGUAAGAUAUAGUACUCUUCAUUAUUACUCUUCAUGCUACUAUAUAAUCCAGAUAUUACAUAUAUAUAAUAAUAUGUAUAAUGUGAUACUAACAAUGAGAGAUGCUCAUGCCAAUGAAAGAGAACUGGACCAUGUUGAAAAUGUGUGUGUGUGUGUGUGUGUGUGUGUGUGUGUGUGUGUGU